AUGGCGAGUAAAGGGUCGUUUACUCAGCAGCACAGCAGUUUUCAAGCUGAAGGGGUUGGGGAGAGAGAUGUGUUGUAUGAGGAAUUGUGGAAGGACUGUGCAGGCCCUUUGGUGGAUGCUCCAAGAGCUGGGGAAAGAGUGUAUUAUUUUCCACAGGGUCAUAUGGAACAAUUGGAAGCUUCGACAAAUGAAGAACUGAAUCAGAGGAUACCAUUAUUCAAUCUGCCCUCAAAGAUCCUCUGCCGUGUUUUCAACACUCAGCUACUGGCUGAACAAGACACUGAUGAAGUGUAUGCACAAAUCACUUUGAUGCCAGAAGCAGAUCAAUCCGAGCCAAGAAGCCCGGAUGAGUGCCCUGAUGAGCCCGCUAGGCCCGUGGUUCACUCGUUUUGCAAGGUUUUGACAGCCUCUGACACAAGCACACAUGGUGGAUUCUCAGUCCUCCGGAAACACGCGAAUGAAUGCCUUCCUCCUUUGGAUAUGACUCAGUCCACGCCGUCUCAAGAACUGGUUGCAAAGGAUCUGCAUGGGAUCAAAUGGCAUUUUAAGCACAUAUUUAGAGCAGGUCAGCCUCGGAGGCAUUUACUGACAACAGGAUGGAGCACAUUUGUCACCUCUAAGAGAUUAGUUGCUGGGGACAGUUUCGUAUUUCUAAGAGGAGAGAAUGAGGAAUUACGAGUUGGUGUGAGGCGCCACGCCCUUCAACCGAGUAUAAUGCCGACAUCUGUUAUUUCGAGUCAUAGCAUGCACCUUGGGGUGCUUGCAACUGCUUCUCAUGCUGUUUCGACUCAGACCCUUUUCGUUGUUUAUUACAAACCGAGGAUGAGACAGUUCAUCGUAGGACUUAACAAGUACUUAGAAGCUGUGAGCCACGAGUUUGGAGUGGGCAUGAGAUUCAAGAUGUGUUUUGAGGGGGAAGAUUCGCCGGAGAGAAGGUUUUCAGGUACAAUUGUUGGGGUGGAAGAUAUUUCUCCUAAUUGGGAAGAUUCUAAAUGGCGGUCAUUAAAGGUCCAAUGGGAUGAACCUGCUUCAGUUUCAAGACCCGAAAGGGUUUCGCCUUGGGAAAUCGAACCAUUUGUGCCUUCAGUGCCAGCUGGACUUAUUACACCACCAGCAACAAAGAAUAAAAGAGCCCGGCCUCAUAUCGAUAUCCCAAACUCUGCUGCCUGGAAUCUUCCACACGACUCGAACCAAUUGAAUCUUGGUCAAAAUAGACAAUCGAGCAAUCACGUAACUAAUUCACAUGCUAAACAAACGGACGGUGAGGAAACACAAGAGAGCAAAAGUGCAUCAGCUUGGUCUGUUAUGUCAAACCAUACGGCUCCGAGCUCUGGAAAAAAUCCUUUAUCUGGCCUAAACGAGAAAAAAUCAGAUAAAUUUGUGUCAUGUCGAUUAUUCGGGAUCGACUUGAACAGUCCCUCGUCCGUGCCUCUUUGUGAAGAUUCUUCUAUGAUAUCGAGUGAUAACAUGCCACAAGAUGGUGAUUCGGAGAAUAAAUCUAGUGUUUUGUACGACUCGAAAGGCCAAUUACACGUAACGACAAAAGAGGUUCAGAGUCGGCAUGGCCAUUCGUCCAGAAGUCGAACCAAGGUACAAAUGCAAGGAGUAGCGGUUGGUCGUGCGGUGGACUUGGCAGCCUUAAAGGGCUACAAUGAGCUUAUAACCGAACUUGAAGAAAUGUUCGAAAUUAAAGGGGAGCUUAUGCCUAGAAACAAAUGGGAAUUAGUUUUCACCGACGAUGAAGGGGAUAUGAUGCUUAUGGGCGAUGAUCCAUGGCUCGAAUUUUGCAGCAUGGUUCGGAGGAUUUUCAUAUGUUCUAGCCAGGAAGUGAAGAAAAUGAAAGGAAAUGGCUUAAACUUGGAUGGUACCGGGUAUUAA